UUCCGAAUAUUUGACCCACGAAAGUAAGAGAAGACCACUAUUUUCUGUCAACUUCCUAGUUGCCGCCUCCAUUAUCAAACUCAACUUUCUUUUUCUUUUCUUUCAUAAUAUACAUACCUGAGAUCGCCAAAGUACAUUGCAAAUUACGAAAUCUCACGUGAAGAUUUGCUGUUUCUGAUACUGUACAUUGAAUACCACCUCAAACAUAGCGGCAAGUUGAUUCUCAGCGGAGCCCUUUUCAAUUGUAUUUCCCUUUGUUUUCUUGCACCAUUCUUCUUCUUUCUUUGGUUUUCUCUGCAUUUCUCCCACUUCUUUAGCAAGUCUCUGUAGGUCGACUGAGAUCCGGAUCAAAUUUCAAACGGGCACGAUUAUUAUCCACUGAUUUCGUGACCCAAUUUGAAUUUUCCAAGGUAAAGUGAAUCUCUGAGUGACACUCUAAUCUCAUGCACUAUGACAACUUUCUGAUUUUCAACUCGAUUUUCGUGGGCUGGGAUUUCUGGGUUGAUGCUGACGGUGGGUUCUUGAAAUUAGACCUGAAGAAGUCAGAAAAUAAGAAAAAAGAAGCAAUCUUGGGUUUUUUGAUGGUGGAUUUUGGCAAUCCGGGGCGUUUAGAUUUUGUAGAGGAAAAGGGAAAAGGGAAAGAAGAAAAAAGAAGAGAAAAGGAGGAAGAGAUGGCGAGGAGUAGGGAGAAAGAAGAUCUUGAGAGUAGGUUUAAUUCUCAAGUAUCGAGAUCAGUGGCGGAUUCAUCACUGAGCUUGUUCAAACUCAUCUCAACUUUGAUAAUCUUUGUUGUGGGUGUAGUUGUAGGAUUAGUUUCUAGUUCUCACAUUAAUAGGUACUUUACUUUCCAGAGCGACCAGUUUAACUUCAAGAAUAUAUAUUUCGAUAGCGAGCAAAUUAGCCCUGAUGGGAAGAUGGUGGUAAAUGGUGAAGGGGAUGGUUCUUUGAGCAUAGGGAGUUUAAUCGGGCAGCGAAAUUUGAGCCAUAGAAUGAUGGACGAUGAGUUGUUCUGGAGGGCCUCAUUGGUGCCUCAAAAGGAAGAGUUUCCCUUUAAGAGGGUGCCAAGGGUGGCAUUCUUGUUCUUGACACGAGGGCCAUUGCCCAUGUUGCCGUUGUGGGAGAGGUUCUUUAGUGGCCAAGACGUGGAGAAGUAUUCGAUUUAUGUGCAUGCUCUUCCUGGGUUUGAGCUCAAACUGCCCAAUUCGUCCGUCUUUUACAGUCGCCAGAUUCCAAGUCAGCAUGUUGAAUGGGGCUCAGUCUCCCUGGUCGACGCGGAGAAACGGCUUUUAGCCAACGCCCUUCUCGACUUCUCGAACGAGCGGUUCGUUCUUCUAUCAGAGAGCUGCAUCCCUAUCUACAACUUCCCAACCGUCUACAAGUACCUCGUGGAAUCCGCCCACAGUUUCGUCGAGUCAUACGACGACCCGACCCGUUACGGCCGUGGUCGCUACAGCCGUUGGAUGAAACCCGACAUCACACUUUCUGAAUGGAGGAAAGGGUCUCAAUGGUUUGAGAUGCACCGUACUCUGGCCGUCAAGAUAGUUGCCGACACCAAGUACUACAUGCUCUUCAGGAAGUACUGUAAGCCCUCUUGCUAUCCAGAUGAGCAUUACAUCCCAACAUAUUUACGCAAAUUCCAUGGUGCCCUUAACUCAAACCGGACGGUAACUUACGUUGACUGGUCGGAAAUGGCCCCACAUCCAGCAAGCUUCACAGCUGCUAAUGUGACGGAAGGAUUCAUACAGUCACUUAGGAACAACGGCACAUGCUCGUACAACUCGGGUAAGACGCCUAUCUGCUAUCUCUUUGCUAGAAAGUUCGAUCCCAGUGCUUUAGAGCCGUUACUGAGUUUUGCAUCGCAAGUUAUGGGAUUUUGAAGUGUUUUAUACUGCGAGCUCGAGAGUUUGGUAGAUCUCUCAACUCGUCGCGAUUUUGUUUACUGCCAAUUUUUAUAGCCAAAUGUAUAGAACACAAAGAAGAAGUGUUGGUCCCUCAGAAAAUGUAGAUUAUCAGUUGCUAUUAAUAGUUUGAGGGAUGAGAAAUUUACAAAGUUCUUGUGAUGAAUGGAUGAGAUUACGUUAAAAAACAGCGUCUGUUGAUCGUUUUGCUGUC